GAUAAGUGGACAAAGACAGUGGGACGUGUUAGCCUUGGUUUGCUAAGCCUCAUGUUUUGAUGUUAACAAACAAUAUAAGAGCUUGACGUUUGUUUAAGUGUUUCAGGUACAACAAGAAUCCAUUAAGAUUCGGUACUCAAGAAUGAAGUCGAAACACCAAACUAGCGUAGAAUAUAGGUUGAAACCAAUGAACUAGAGAGGAACAAAGUUGAUGCUUCUAAGUUUGCUCCUUUUUGGAAUGAGAUUAUAAGGAAUUUGAGGGAAGAAGACUACAUUAAUGCUUUGGAAAUGGAGUUGCUUUUAGUGCCUAAAAAUUCAGGGAUAAUAGACAAUAUUCCCUUGGUUCAAUGGCCUCUGUUCCUUCUAGCAAGCAAGAUAUUUCUUGCUAAAGGAUACUGCUAUUGAGGGUAAAGAGCCCAGACUUUCGCAAGAGGAGCUAUGGGACAGGAUUUUAAGGGACGAUUACAUGAAAUAUGCUGUUCAAGAGUGUUAUUAUACCCUCAAGUUAGUCCUCACAUCUGUGUUGGAUACUGAGGGUAAGAAGUGUGUGUGGAAUGAUGUACUACCAAAAAGCUCUCAUGCUUCAAGCAUAUUUGGAAAGGGUGGCAGCUCAAGAUUCUGAGGCUGCAAUUUCACAGAGCAAAGCAACUGAUACCCAAGGUUUUGAGUUGUCUCUUGAAGCAAGAGCUCAAGUAGAUCUCAAAUUUACCUAUGUAGUUACCUGCGAAAUAUAUGGGAAACAGAAAGAGAAGCAAAAGCCUGAGGCUGCGGAUAUUGCAUUACUAAUGCAAAGAAAUGAAGCACUUCGAGUUGCUUUCAUUGAUGAGGUUGAGACAUUGAUUGAUGGAAAAGUGCACGAAGAAUAAUUCUUGAAACUUGUGAAGGCUGACAUCAAUGGGAAAGAUAAGGUUUGUCCUUUUAUUACUAUUUUUUGUUAUUACUCCGAGUUCUUUUACUUGACUAGGUGCCCAUCUUUGUUGUUUUCUGUAAACAAAUUUAAAAGAGCUUGCAUUUCUUCUGUUUUUGACAAAUUCAGAAGAACUUGCAAGGUGCGUUACUUUGCCACUCUACGCAUGGUUUUUAUGUUGUCCACUAUUUGACCUUGGAAAGGGGUGACCGGAGUAAGCGAUGAUGCAUCACGCCGACAGAUCUGAGAUUUAAUGGAUAAAAUGGUAUGACUGAA